GAUUUGGGGGAGUUAUGUAUAUUUAUAACAAAUGAUAUUUUUUAAGUUAAUAAAACGCCGUAAUUAGCUCCAACUACCUUCACAAUCUCCUCACUCUCUAACACAGAAAAUCUAGGGUUUCAAAUCAAGUGUCAAUUUCACCUUCAAAACCCUAAAGAUGAACGAUCUAUAGAACGAUGAAGGCUCGAUAAUCUGUAAUUUUUUGUUCGUAAACUGCAUAUAUUGUCAUAACUGCUGAAAUGGACCCGGUGAGCCAAGAAGUGACGCCCGAUGCCACACUUACUGCUCCUGAAAAGCGAAAACGUGGCCGCCCACGAAAGGAUCCGAGUGAAAGACGGGCCAAAAAAGACCGUUCGCAAGCUGCUCGUAUGCCUCCUGGUUUUGUACAGCUGACCAACAAUGCUCCUCGAGUUGACCCGAUAAAUGAUCCAACUGAAGUUAUGGUUGGGCAGACUGUAACUGGUGUUGUUGAGGCAACUUUUGAUGCAGGUUACCUGCUUGCGGUUAGGAUCGGUAACUCAAAGAUCACACUAAGGGGUGCGGUUUUCAAACCAGGCCACACAGCACCUGUGACACCUGAAAAUGAUGUAGCACCUCAUGUUGAAAUGAUCAAAAGAACUGAAAUUCCAUUCCCAACAGAACUCCAACCCAAGCGUAAGCGUAAACGAAGAUCAAAAGAAAAAAAUAUGCAGCUUGUUACUUAUGUCGGGAACGGGUCAGACCCAGUGGAUACAAAUGCACCCUCAAAAACCAACUACGGGCUAGCCCCCUCAGUCGGUGGGAGAGGGACCAUGGUCCCUGUUAUUCUUCAACCAGCUAACCUAUCAAACGGUUUAUCCCACAACCAACCUGCACCUCAUUUGCGGGCUUCACAAGGCAAGCCUGUGCACUCAGUUCUGCCAUUGGCGGUAUACCCACCAAAUGGGUCAACAAGUCAACCGCCAGAGUCUCAAACUAGCUCCCAGUUUACGGUUCCACCCUCAGUGUCUGGAAAUGAAAAUGCUGCUUUUAAAAACGCUGAAGGGGGUCAAGCGCUAAAAUCAAAUGAUGUGCAGGAUCCAGUUGUGAAAACAGAAUCAGAUGAGCCUCUUUUUGUUGAACCACUGCAAACCCGACACUUGGUUCAUCAUUUCCAGCCUCCACCAGGAUUGGGAGGCGUGAUGCAUGUCGGGACUGGGAGAAUGACCGAGCUUUUACAGGCUGUUCAACAAAACAUUGGGGAUGACCAGGUUCCUAGAAACAGCGGACAUCCAAGCACAAGUUGCAACGAAACUGGUCAGCCAGGAAAGAUGUAAUAAACUCAAAUAAUCAUAGCCCUCGAGGUUGCUGGGUGUGGGACCCAAACGUUGGAUGUUGUUUUUAUGUUACAGCACAAUAGAACAGCAAGUGUUAGGUUGCAUUCUGAUUUCAUAGAAAUAUCUACCUUGUUUAUGCUCUAGAAAAGAAAGAUCUGCUUGCUAACGUUGUUUUAACCUUAGUAAAAAGUGGAAAUUUAUGCAUGUUUUAGGAUGUUGGAAAAUAAAUAAACUGUUGAAACCAUCAA